AUGAGGGUGACUCCGUUUGCCUUAUUGGCAUUGUCCAGCUGUCAUAAUCAUGAAGCCGAUAUGAAAGCAGCAAAGCAUCGGUGGAGCAAAGAAGCCAACGAAGGACACGGUCAUGCCCAUGCUGAUCAUGGGCACUCGCACGAUCACGGUCACUCACAUCAACACCACGACGAUGGUGGAUGCCACGGGCAUUCUCACAAUGGAAUGGAUGUCCAAGAGCCACCGAAAGAAAAGUUUCAAGGCAAGAAACAAUACAUUGCCGAGCAAACUCUUGAAGACAAAAUUGACAUCUGGUUCAAGGCACGAACAACUUGCCCCACUUUGUGGAUAAUCAUCCUGCUGGCAUUCGCUUCCGGUGGCCUCCUUGGCGAUGCCUUUCUCCACCUCAUUCCUCAUGCGUCGCACUCCCACUUGCCGGACAACGACGAUCACGGACACUCACACGACCACUCUCACGGACAUUCACACGAGGAAUCACAUGGGCACUCGCACGACGCGGAGAUGGGUAUCGGACUCAUGGUUUUGCUCGGAAUUAUUGCUUUCAUGUGCGUCGAGCUUUUCGUCCGACACAUGAAAGGAGGACACGGACAUUCCCAUGGUGGUCAUGGUCACUCGCACGCUCCUAAAAAGGCGGUGGAGGAAAAGAAAGACGAUAAGGAUGAUAAAAAGACCAAGAAAACCAAAAAGGCGAAGAAGGCGAAGAGCUCUGACGAUGAAUCCUCCGAUAAGGAACAAGAGAAAGAAGUCGAAAAGGAAUCUGAGGAAGAAGAGUCUGAAGAAAAAGAAGAAGAGCAAGAGCUCGCUGUUGCCGGAUGGCUCAAUCUCGCUGCUGAUUUCGCUCAUAACUUUACCGACGGUCUCGCAAUCGGAGCCAGCUUCCUCGCCGGCGAAAGCAUCGGUGUUAUAACCACACUCACAAUUCUGCUCCAUGAAGUUCCUCACGAAAUCGGUGAUUUCGCUAUUCUUGUCCAGUCCGGCGCUACAAAAGAGCGCGCGAUGAUGCUCCAGCUUGUCACUGCCCUUGGAGCAAUGAUGGGAACUGUUGUUGGUCUCCUUCUUGGCGGUACUUUCGGAGCUGUUUCAAUAAUCUUGCCCUUCACUGCUGGUGGAUUCAUUUACAUCGCGACUGUUGGUGUCAUUCCUGAACUCCUUGCCAAUGACAAGGCUACUCCAGCUCAGAACAUCAAGGAAAUCAUCGCAAUGUUCCUUGGAAUUGGCCUCAUGGUCGUCAUCGGCUGUGAUGAACAGCUAAUUAUUGCAUCUGCUCCUGGCCGUGUAAACCUCAUUGGCGAGCAUACUGAUUAUAGCAAAGGAUUUGUGUUUCCCAUUGCCUUGCCUCUUCGAACUGUUUUGGUCGGUUACCCGAACAACUCUGAUGAUAUCAAAGCAGUCUCUCUUGUUGUCAAUGGAAAGGUGGAGUUUAACGUUUCGGAGAUUCAAACGGGUGAUCCUUUCUGGGGAGACUACUUCAAAGGAGUAGUUGCUGAAUUUCAAAAGAAAACCGGAAAGCAUGUUCCUGGUUUUAAUGCUGUUUUCCAUUCGAAUGUUCCCCUUGGAGGUGGAGUGUCUUCCAGUGCCAGUAUGGAAGUGGCUACUGCUACGUUCCUCGAAGCCCUGACGAAAAUUAAUCUUGACCCUACUGAAAAGGCAUUACUGUGUCAAGCCGCCGAGCACAACUAUCCAAAAAACCCGUGCGGUAUAAUGGAUCAAUUUAUUUCUGUUCAUGGAAAAGCGGAUCAUGCACUGCUAAUCGAUUGCCAAGACGAAUCUUCGAAACUUGUAAACAUGCCAUCGAGUUCUGUUUGCUUCUUUGUGAUUAACUCCAACGUCAAGCACAAACUUUCCGGCGAAAACAAUCCGUUCGCCGAGAGACAAAAGAGUUGCUUCAAAGCAGCCGAAAUAUGCGGGGCGAAAUUUUUGCGAAAUGUUACUCUGGAGGAUCUCGAGAAAAACAGAGACAAUAUGGACGCCGUCACAUUUAAUCGCGGCCUUCACGGUGUGAGUGAAGAUAAACGCACAUUGGAAGCGGCUGAGGUUUUGGUGAAGGGCGAUUUCAAACGAUUUGGCGAGUUGAUGAAUGCGUCGCAUGAUUCUCUCCGUGAUCUUUUCGAAGUUUCAUGCCCUGAGGUUGACGAGCUCGUAGAAAUCGCUAGAAAAACGAAGGGUGUCUAUGGAAGUCGAAUUACUGGCGGUGGCUUUGGCGGAUGCACCGUUACACUUAUUGAGAAAGAUGCCAUUCAGUCGCUCAAAAAUGCUGUCAACGCAAAUUACUCGAAGACGGCUACAUUCUUCGACGCGCCCGCUUCCGAUGGAGCGAAGAUUCACUAA